AUGCUUGGCCGGGGCCAGCUGCUGCAUUCUGUGUGCCGCGGCCGCGCCGUCAUUGCAUUGGGCUCCGGGGAGGCCGAGUACUAUGGCCUCGUCACUGGGUGCUCCGAGGGACUCGGUGACCACAGCAUGGCGAAAAAAAUGGGUACACUGCUGAACCUGCACGUGUGGAUGGACGCCGCGGACGGAACCGCCAUUGGUUCACGUCGAGGCCUGGGCAAGGUCAAACACAUUGACACUAUCUUCCUGUGGGUCCAGGAUCUGACCUCCAGCGGCAAUAUCACCCUAGGCAAGAAGCAUACAUCGGAGAACUAUGCAGAUGUGUUGACCAAGCCUGUGGACGCCACCAUGCUACGAUGCAUCAUGCUAGCGAUGGGAUUCGAGUGUCUCUCUGGCCGGGCAGUCCUGGGCUACACCAUCUAAGGCUUGAGCGGCUACGGCAGCACAUGGGCCCAGCAGGCUGGAGCCGGUUCGGCUCCCGCCCUGUGUGCUCGGACAGCC